GCAGCGGAUGAAAACAAACAGCGGCGAUGGCGGCGGCGCGGCGCAGCCCGUGGCUUUGAGGGCAGUGGCAGCCCCGGCCAGGCCCCUGCCGCCGGCCGCGCACCCCCGCCGGCACUGACACUCGCGACGAGACCCCCGGACCGGGAACGAGGAGGAGGAGGGGCGCCGGCCGGAGCCCCGGGGCGGCUUCGAGGCUUGGAGGCGGCGACCGCGGUCCCGGGGCCGCGGGGCUCUCCCCGUGCCCGGUCGGGGCGCGGAGGAGGCGGCGGGGCGCGGCGGCGGAGCGGGCCCCGCGCGGGAUGAGCCGCCGCGCCGCCAGCACUGCCGGCCCCGCGCAGGAGUGGCCUGACCUGGAGGACCUUUCCUUCUUGUGACAAGAAAAAAGUCUCUCAGAUGAACCAGGCUGUCUGUAGAUGUCCAGAAGGAUCAUACAGGAUCACUUUAUUUUGCUUAAAUGAUUGCCAUAUGCAAUGGACACUGAUCUCAGUUCCCAGGACAGGAAGGACCUGGACAAGUUCAUCAAAUUUUUUGCUUUAAAGACAGUACAAGUAAUUGUCCAGGCCCGACUUGGAGAGAAAAUCUGUACCCGCUCAUCAUCCUCCCCAACAGGUUCUGACUGGUUCAAUUUGGCAAUCAAAGAUAUACCAGAGGUUACUCAUGAAGCAAAGAAAGCCCUGGCAGGACAGCUGCCCGCUGUUGGACGGUCUAUGUGCGUGGAGAUUUCUCUCAAAACCUCAGAGGGGGACUCCAUGGAGCUGGAAAUUUGGUGUCUAGAAAUGAAUGAAAAGUGUGACAAAGAAAUCAAAGUUUCAUACACUGUAUACAACAGGCUGUCUCUACUGCUGAAGUCUUUGCUUGCUAUAACCAGAGUAACUCCAGCCUACAGACUCUCAAGGAAACAAGGCCAUGAAUAUGUAAUAUUGUACAGGAUAUAUUUUGGUGAAGUCCAGCUGAGUGGCUUGGGAGAAGGUUUCCAGACAGUCCGUGUUGGGACAGUGGGUACCCCAGUGGGCACCAUCACUUUGUCUUGUGCCUACAGAAUCAACCUUGCUUUCAUGUCAACCAGGCAGUUUGAGAGGACCCCUCCUAUCAUGGGGAUUAUAAUUGAUCACUUUGUGGACCGUCCCUAUCCCAGCUCUUCACCUAUGCAUCCCUGCAAUUACAGAGCUGGUGAGGACAAUGGUGCAGUGUACCCCUCCGUAGAGGAUUCCCAAGAAGUGUGUACCACAUCUUUUUCCACCUCUCCUCCAUCUCAGUGUGUUUUUACUGUCACAAAGGCACAUUUUCAGACCCCUCCUCCUGUGGUGACGGACACCUUGAAGGUCCCAGUGAUGGGACUGGCCUUUUCACAUCAACUUUCCAGCUCUCGUCUUUCCUAUCAGCCUGCUGCCCUGGGAGUUGGAUCAGCUGACAUGGGGUAUCCUGUACUUUUUGCUGGUGGCUUGAAUGCUGCACACCCUCACCAGUUGAUUGGUCCAGGCAAAGAAGGGGGAGUUCCCCCAGUUCCUAGCCAGCCAGCACAUGGCACUCAAGCUGAUCAAGAGAGGAUGUGCACCCCACUGGAUGGAGUCCAUUACUCAGCAGCUACUCCUUCUAGCAGUGAGGACACAGAAACAGUAUCCAACAGCAGUGAAGGAAAGUGUGGCUCCCCACAUGACCUUUUGGAGACCAUCUUUAUCCGGAAGGUGGGAGCUUUUGUCAACAAACCCAUUAACCAGGUGACCAUGGCCAACUUAGACAUUCCUUUUGCCAUGUUUGCUCCCAAGAAUGUUGAGCUGGAAGAUAACGACCCCAUGGUCAAUCCUCCUGAAUCCCCAGAAACGGAAUCUCCUCUACAAGGCAGCUUACACUCGGAGGGCUCCAGUGGCAGCAGCACAGGGAACACCCAUGAUGACUUUGUUAUGAUCGACUUUAAACCAGCAUUUUCAAAAGAUGACAUUCUUCCAAUGGACCUGGGGACAUUUUACCGUGAAUUUCAGAACCCCCCUCAACUCAGCAGCCUCUCCAUUGACAUUGGAGCACAGUCCAUGGCAGAGGAUUUGGACUCGUUACCAGAGAAGCUGGCAGUCCAUGAGAAAAAUGUUAAAGAAUUUGAUGCUUUUGUGGAAACCUUGCAGUGAAGCUGUUUCCCAGUUCUGCUGCAGCAAUUCUUCUUCCUCAAGCAUCCUGGAGAUGACAUCAACAAAUAUCUCUUUCGCUCCUGCUCUGUGUUUUGUUCACAUUGACUAGUUCCUUCCAUCAAGUGAGCUUUCUUUUCUCUCUUCAAUGACAGAUACGGCUCACCUGCUGAUUCUCCUCAACUUUUCCACCACAUAGUUCAGGACUGCUUUUCCUGCUCACAGUCAGUUUUAAGACUUCGGUAGGGACACAGGAAGUCAAACUCCAAUGUAUGGAAACUUACUUUCCCCUCAGUCUGUGUUCUGUAUGGAGGGCUUUGUGGAAAGUUGCCAUAUGCUUCCUCCAAGAGUCCUAUGGUGUAAAUUCCCUAGGUAGAGCUUCUUGCUAACAGACUUUUUCCUACAGUCUCUGAUCCUGUUAGAGCAUAGAAAGCUUUGGUUUAUUUCCAGGGUCUGUGAGUUCAGCAAAUUUGGCUGCUUGAAGUCUAGGAUAUCCAUUCCACAGAACUGGGCAUUUCAUCCUGACUUCAGACUGUGUGCUUGGAGACCAGGGAGAGAUGUCAGCUUUGGGACCUGCAUAAUACAAGUUACCUUUGUUUUCCUGCUUUUAAGGAAUUGGGUCUCUACACAGUGAUUUUGUGCAAGGCACUCUGUUAGGUGGCUGAUAAGCAGGAGUGAAACUACAGGAAUGCUUUCCACACUUCAUUCCUGAGUGUACUGACACUCGGCCAUGCUGAGUUUAACAGUGUUGACUAUUGGCAAGCCUGCAUUUAGCAGCUGUGAUGAUGCUGAAUUCAUAGCCUCUGCUUCUAAAACAUAACUGUAAAUACUAGGAAUCCUAUUUCUUUAGGGUUAUGUAACUAGGAGUCUUAGUCCAAGAUUUUUUUUCCUCUAAUCCUUGCAAGCCUUCCUGCUUUAUGGUUAAUAGAUGAUCUUAAGAAUUAAAAAAUAUUUAUUGCUUUUAAAGAAACCUAUAUUUAAAAGAUGUUCUGUUUUCAUGUUAUAGUGCGGGUCAUUCUGUUCUGAUCACUGCAGAGAGCAAGUGUGCCAUGGAAUCCUGGCCAGUGAUACUGGUCUCUCUUUGCAGGAAAAUAUCCAAAAUAUUUAUUUUCUGAAACAGAUUUGAUUAAUAUUAUACUCUGUUUUGGGGACUCUGUGUCCAUUGCAUCCAGUCAGGGCUCACUGAUAGAAUGAAAUGCACACAUCAGUGGCAGGGACUUCGUAAAAAGCUGUUUUCUGAAAGGCAUGGAUGAAUUUGUAGUGUUCUUUGGCCAUUCAGAAAGCAGCUUCUUUAAAGAAGCACACUUUUUUGGGAAGCUUAUGGUACUUUUUAAUCAGCUGGCUUUUUUGAGUAGCUGAAAUUUUAUUUUUGUAAGAAUCUGCCAUAGACAGUGUGACUGGCUGGCAUUGCUCUGUGGGCAAUUUGGCUGUUGUAUGUCUUCUGCCUCAUGUAAGGGUGGGAGGAGAAACAGUGAUUCUAAACAGAAACUUGGAUAAGGUGAGUUUUCUUGUGGUUCUCUCUCCUCCUCCCCUGUGUAACUAGAGUGAGCAACUGCACGACCCCUUACUGUCCAAAACCAUUUUUUUUUUCCCCUUAAAUGGAGCUGUGUUGCUUGAGUACUGAGAAAUCAUCUUCAUUUCCUCAGAAUGGCUGAGUAACCAGCCUUCUAGGUGGUGCAGUGUGGCAGCUUCUUCAGCUUCGUUGCAUUCAUAGUUGGAAGAGAUUGCCUGCAGCUGAUGGGGGAGCCCAAACUCCACUCUGGAACACUAUUUCUGUGUCACUGCUGGAGCACAGAGCCAAAUUCAGAACAGAUCAUACUGUAAGGCCAGAGCAAUGCAAUGCUUUGAACUUCAUGAGAUUUUUUUUGUUGAGAGAUGUGUUUGGUGGGAGGCCUUUUAAGUUCUAAAACUCCGGGUAAGAGCUUCAUUAAAGGGAAGUUACCCACCAGAACCUUUUUAUUUUACUCAACCAAUUCAACUUUUUAGCAGCCUCACAUGGAAAAUGCUUUGUCCGUGCAAAGUAAGAUGCACAAACAUUUAAGAAAGCUUCCAAGAUGAAAGUUUGUAACACAGCUUUAGUAAGAUGGGCUGUAACAAAUACUUGAUCCCCAUCCAAGAGCCACCUUGUUUCACAGGUGGAAAAGGUCGAGAAGGGUGCAGGAACACAAGGAAUUAAUGGAUCAAUUUCCUCUCACCUGUUUUCAGGAAGGUGAUCCACCACGUUGUAGGAAGUAGCUGAUAGACAGGUGGUUGUCACCUUUAGUCACUUAAAAGUCACACUUUCUGGGCUGCAGAGCAGCAGAGAUGAGGUGAAGUGCUGGUUCACACCAUAUGAAUAGAGAAAAAUUGAGGUUAAACUUCCUCUAGCCAGCACUCCUGCUGUGCUCUUCUGCUGACGGGUUGUGGAGCUGGCAUGAAGCACUGCCAUUCUUGUUAAUCCCACCCAGGAGGUCAGGGCUUGUACUUGUGCUCCUUUAUUGAUGGAGUUCCUAACAUGGCUACAGCUCUCACAGCUCAUAAGGCAGAAUGGCACUGUAGCACAUUUUCUUCUCUUCAAAAGGCUGGAAAAUUGCCUAUUUAAGCUGCUAGUGUUGAGCUGGAUGGCCAUAGCAAUAAGAUUCUCUAGGGCUGAGUUUACCUGCUUCUAGUCUGGACAGUCCUCAAUUUCAACACACAUUUGCUACAUCUAGGCUCUGAGUUCCCUGGCCACUGCACAAAGGUUCUGCUUCAGUGAAGAUCUAGCUGCUGUGGCCUGCCACAGAUUGUGUUAUGAAGGCUGUUUAUUUUAGCAGCUCUCUGCUCAACUCAAUAUUAAGGACAUUAAGUAUGUAGCUGCUGAUUUACAGAUACUUUGGGUGGAGGGGAAGGCUCCUCAAGUGUAUUGUUUUGGAAAGUCUCCAGUGUACUUCAAGUAUUUAAAGAAUUUCCAAUAAAACUUUUAUGUAAGCAACA